UAGAAAUGAAACAAAUCCAACAUAAAAUAAAUACAAUUUAAAUAAACACGCGAACGUAUGACAAUAAAUUCACUUAAAAAUUGUGAAGAUAUUGCAUACUGUACAUUCAUUGUUUUAACAGCAUUUUGUGAAUAUUGUGAGGAAGAAAUUGUUGUCACAUAUUGUUCCAUUUCCAUUCAUAAAUAUAAAGAAUUGAGGCUUUUUUUUUUUGUAAAUUUACAUUUGGGAAUGUGGAAUGCGUAAAAGCCCACAUCAUCCACUCCAGCUGUGCGUAAAAGCCCUUGUGCGUAAAAUGGAGCGUUAAUGUGGCGCAUCAUCAGAGAAGACACGCUGUUCGGUUCUCUCCAUCAGCAUUUACAAUAAUCCAGCAGCGAGUCGGACUACCUGCACACACAUAUACAACAUACGCUGUAAUCCAGGCGGAAAGCAUUCAGCUUUUGGGUGACAUUACGGACGGUUUGCAAUGAUGGAGCUGGUUAAACUGGUUCUGAUAGUUGUGCUGCUUCUGACAAAUGUUUUCUGCCAAGAAAUGGAUGUUGACAACUGGAGAGAAGACACCGACGAGAACAAAUGGCCAAACUCUGAUGUAAUUCAAGAUAUGUUAGUGAGAAUGACCAGAAAACCAGGACCACGCCAAUAUCUUGGACUCAUGGGGAAGAAAAACUCUGCAAAUAUGCAGACAGCACGUAAACGGCAUAGAUUUAAAACCUUUGUGGGUCUGAUGGGUAAAAGGAGCUUUGAGGAUCCAGGUAUGAAACCUCCAACACUGACAUUAAAUAUACUGGAGGGAGGAAAUCUGCCUGGUAACCGCUGAUGUCAUCCCUGCAGGAGCCCAGUGAGCUGCACAGAAGAUUGAGGAUAUCUGCGUUUGUUCUUUUACUUUGUUUGAUUUCAGACUGACAAUUUUUUUUUUGUAUUUGUAAUUGUUUCAUUAAAUAUGUCACAUUUAACAGUGGAGUUUGUUGACACAAUUGCCAAUGCUGAGAAUCUUUAGUCAGACGGUGCCAUCUAGUGUUGAAAUAAAAUGAUGGAAAAAUUGGUCUGGAAACGUUAAAUGCAUCACUGAAUGAAACUUAAAGGGGAACUAUGAUCAUUUUCAAAAUUCAUACAUCCAUACAUGCUAUUCCUAUGGUCUAAGACAGUCCGAAAAAUAUUAGCAAACAUGAAAAAACUCUCUUAAAUCCAAAAACUGGAGCGCUUAAACUCAACUUUUGAUGUCAUCAAGAUGCUAAAAAGUGUGGAGCUGCUCCAUAGACAAUGAAUUGGGAAAGAUGUUGGAGAUUACACUGAGAGCACUCAGGGGGAUGUUCUGAGUAUGUGGGAACAUUUUCUGUUUCACAAGAUAACACUACAACAGAAUAAAGCUCAUUUGGGUAUAGAAAAGAAAACAAACAUUCUGUGUGUCCACAAAAUCAGGUUGCGUCCGAAAUUCCACAUUAACUUGCUAUUUAGCACGCUAAAACAGUAUUUGAGAUAUUUUAGUAUGUCCGAAACCUUAUUAUUAUUACUAUUUCCGGUGACAAAUUACAGUAUGCAACACUGGACACUACGGCGGCAUAAAUAUCCCACAAUGCAAUACGGUAGUUCAUAAUGGCAACGGACGUUGACGAAGAGCUCUGUGACUUCAGUAACGCUUCAAUUUAACUGCAAGUAUAAGAUGUCACUUUGCUAAGCAUAAUAUACAUUUAAAAUUAGUUCAGACUUUGAUUCUCCUAUUUUGGCCACAUGAGAUUGGCAUGGGUUACCAUGGUUACGCGUCUCCAACCAGCAAGGAUGCUCUUAGGAAGUGACAACAUAAAUUACAGCUGUAAAGAAACAUACUACUGUUUAUUCACGCAAAAGAAUGUUGAACGAUAGCACACAUAUUGGGUAUGUAGUGUAUAGUAUGUGAUUUCGGAUGAAGCCUCAGUCUCCCAGUCAUUGUCUAUGGAGCAGCUCCAGACUUUAUACUUGAUGACAUCACAAGUUUGAGACUGACUUCUCUGGUUUCUGGCUUUGCGAGAGUAGCUCACAAAUAUUGAUUGAACUUUCCUAGGCCAUGGAAAUAGGAUAUUGGAAUUGUUACUUUAGGUGGUGUUCCCCUUUAACAGUAAUAUUUAAAUAUAAAAACAGUAUCAUGUAAAAAAGAGAAUGUAUCAUCGCUUCACAAAAAGUGUCCACACCAGUUUUCAUAAUAAACCCAUCUCACUCCUCAGUAUCAUCACAGGUUUAUUAAGUGACUUUGUACAAUACAAAUGAAAAAUAAAAUUAAAAAUACAGAGAUGGAGUACAUAGCCAAAGCAAAUUGCGGUGUUGACUCUUCAUUUUCCACAGAUCGUUACCGCAGAGUGAUUGAAAUAUUGUUUUUUUUUCUUUAAAGCAUCGAUGGAUCACUGUUCUCUGUGAAAGAGUGUUUCUGUUAAACAGUGGACGCUGCUCUCAAGUCUCUGAGGAUUUUCUAAACAUACAAAAGAAGUUAUUACUUCGGCUGGCUCGGUAUAUAUAAAAAUAAACUAAAGUGAAAUAUAACACUUAUGACGUUAUAAAUGGUGGUCCAAGGCUAGUGGAAAUAGCUAAACACAGAGGAGAAAGAAAGCGUUA